UCGUUCAGUCAGAGCAGUGCGAGGCUCGGAGACAGACGCACACGUUUCUCUCUGCCUCUAUUUUCACGCACACACACACGCACACACACAUGCUCAUGCACGCAGACGGCAACUUUCCUCUAUCGGACUGACAUUACGCACACAGCCGGGAUUGACGCGCUCCUCCCGCUGCAGUGGAGAAGAGGAUAACGAGUGACAGAUCAGGAAAAAACAAGAAAUACAGACAUUCCCAGGUGAAGCAGAGGAACACGGUGACAUUUUGUCCUGUCCAAGAUGGCCAACCUUGUGACAUCGCUGUGCUGCGUGGUUCUGGCCGCCGUGGUGGUGGCCUACGCUCAGAGACGCAGUCAGCUGGUUGCCAGGAACCAGUAUGAGCGGAUGGGCAGCGACGUCACCAUGCAGUGCGGCUCCCUGGACAACAACACGUCGGUGUCGUGGAAGGUGAACGGGACGGACGUGAAGGCCCAGCACCGUCUAGAAGGUCCCAGACUGAUCCUGACCCAGGUGGAUCUGGGCCACAACGGCCUCUACAGCUGCUUCCAGAACCCACACGGAGAGAGACGCGACACCAUCCUCCUCCACAUCGGCAUUCCUCCUAGAGAACCCACGGUCACCUGUCGGUCCAACACCUACCCCAAAGGCUUCUACUGCAGCUGGCACCAGCUACACCCCACCUACAUCCCCACCACCUUCGAAGUGGACGUACAACACAACCAGCGCCUGCUAGAUGUGCAGAAAGACGCCGUCCACAAGAAUCGCUGUCAUGUUCGCUUUCCGGAGGUCUUCUCCAGCUUCCCCUACAAAGUGAACGUGACGGCAGUCAACUCCCUGGGGAAAGCUUUCACCACCAUCUCAUUCGAGGAGUCCAGCAUAGUAAAACCAGACCCACCGGAGCGAGUCACAGCGACCCCGAUCCGUUUCAACCCCCGGAGGCUGGAGGUGUCCUGGCACAGCCCUACCACCUGGCCGGACAUAGACAACUUCCCCCUGAAGUACUUCCUCCGUUACCGGCCGCUCAUCCGAGAGCAGUGGCAGCACGUGGAGCUAUCUGACAGCACUUCCCAUACCAUCACCGAUGCCUAUGCUGGGAAGGAGUACAUCAUCCAGGUGGCUGCUAAGGACACAGAGAUCGGAACGUGGAGCGACUGGAGCGUUGCCGUCCACGCUACACCCUGGAUUGAAGAUCCUCUGCCAAUCACCUCCACGACCGAAGUGGACGUUUCCACCGAGGCGAAGACGUCCCCGCUACCGUCCUCCAACGCUCCACAGAAGGCCGAAGCUCCGGUGGGCAGAGCUGCCAGAAUCCUCACCUUCUGCUCCCCUCUGCUGUUAGGAAUGCUGCUGCUGUUCAUGUGAUGUAAAUGUCUUAUUCCUGAAGGGUGACGGGGAGAAGAGGAGGAAGAGGAGGCUGGUAUUUUUUCUAUUUUGCACAUGUUUCCAGGAUACAGUGCAUCGAUCAUUUCUGUCCAUCAGUUACUCACCAGAAUUCCCACGACGUGAAAUCAGACGAUGACGAAUGCGACUCAGCAUUUUCGAUUAAUGGGGACGGAGGAACUUCUUCAGAGGAACUUUAGAAAACGGCAUCAUCACAAACAACAACAACAGCAGCAGCAGCUAUGACAUCACCACACAGCCCUCUGCUGCCCCCUGGUGGUCUGGAUGAGCCACAGCAGACUGAUCCGGUUCAGUUUGGGAAGCUCCUCUUCACAAAAACAGCAUCUCUUCGUUACCUUUUUUUGUUCUUUUAUUCAUUAAUUGAUAUUCUUACUUUACACUCGUCUAUAACCACAGUGCCGUACACACAAACACACACACGCGCGCGUAGAUCAGUGUGUUUGUGUGUACGGUCUCAGUAGCGCCCCCUGUACAGCUCAGUCAUCAUGCCAAAGACUCAACUUACACCCAAACUUCAGUGGUUUCCCAAACAGUUCCUGAAGCUUUUCUGAAGCCCGUGCCUGAUGGAGAUGAAGAAGAAGAACCUGAGGAACCUGCAGCUGCUGUUUAAAGCCACCAGAUAAAACAAUCAGACUCUGAUUCCGCCUCCGAAUCCAACCGAUGGAGCCGUUUUAUUUCUGUUUUUCGAUAUGAGGACUAACACUUUGAGGAAACCAGUAAUGGUAGUCUGGCUUAGUAGACCGGUAGCUUUACGUUGUGCUUUCAGCGACUGGAGGAGGACCUGGAUUGUAAAAAAUAAUAAUAAAAAAUCGAAUAAAGUGGAUUUGAGACUGAACACUUCUUUUCCCACCCAUUUGUUUUUCGGUUUUGUAUUGACAGCGACGGUUGGUUCUUGAAUUCUCUAUUGGGUUUUUGUUUUUCUGCUCUAUGCUGUAAAAUACAAAAACACAAACCAGUCUGCUUUUCCAAAUUCCUUUACAAACUUUAAAAAUGUCUUUUUUUGCAGUUUACAUUUCAAUAGCCAAUAUCAGCAGUUAAUAUUAUGUUAUUCAAAGGAAUAUUGAUGUGUUUAUUGUAUUUUUGAUUUUUGAUUUUAUGGACAAAUAAUAAAAAGAUGCAUUUAGGUUUUUAGUUUAUUUUUGUUUUAUUUUCAGACAUUCAUAAUGGCUUAAUUCUCCUUGAUCCUAUUUUGUAAACUAUGAUAUGUAACUUUAACAUUGAACAAAAAGUUUAUUAUUUAAUAAUAAUAAUAAUAAUGUAUGUAUUAGCAGUAGAAUGUCGUAACCUGUACCUGGGGUCUUUUUUAUAGAUGUAUAUACAAUGACAGGUUUCAACCAUUAAAUGUGACCAUUUCACAAUGAA